GUCUAAAAUUACAAUAUGGCCACCUCAUUGUUUACCGAUUGCAGCAGCAUGCAGGGCUCAACCACUAGUUCAUCCAGUGACAUGUUGACUCUUACCACCGCUGCCUCCUCUUGGUGCGCCAUACCAGCAUCUACGCGCAUACGUCUGAUACGUUUGCUAAGACCUCACAGUCGCCGCAUUUUAGUAACACCGGGCGCUGUGCCAUCCUAUGGUUUCUCCGUAAGGGGUGGCAAGGAAUUUAGAGCGGGGUUUUUUGUAUCCAGUGUGGAUCGUAAUAGUGAGGCGGAACAAAAGGGUUUGAGGAUUGGUGAUCAAAUACUGCGUAUUAAUGGAUUCAGAAUAGAUGAUGCCAUACACAAAGAAUUCGUGCAACUUGUCAGCCAUCAAGAACGUUUAACACUAAAAGUACGCAGUGUUGGCAUGUUGCCAGUUAAAGACAAAGAUAACGACUGUCUUACCUGGAAUGUGGUUAAGGCACCUAGUAUUAGUUCCACCACCUCUGAAUGUUCUUAUCAAUCCUCAGAGCGUACGGAACGUACUCACAGCCGUAAUCAUGGUGAACGUGUUAUAAAUGUGGUGCUUAAUGUGGCUCCGCGCACCAAAUUGGGUUUGGGUAUUUGCAAGGGUCCCGAAUGGAAGCCCGGCAUAUUUGUGCAAUUUACUAAGGAGAAAAGUGUAGCUCGUGAAGCUGGUCUAAGACCAGGAGAUCAAAUUUUGACGGUAAAUAGCAUCGAUUUUUCAGAUGUACUAUUCAGUGAAGCGGUGGCAGUUAUGAAGAGUUCAAAUAAACUGGAUAUGACAGUACAUACGGGAGCUGGUUGUGAUCUAUUUCCGGGAGAAUCCAGUGGUUACAAUAGUUCGGCCAGUUCAGUGACCGGCGAUCAAAGUCCCUGCUGGGCUGACGUGAAAUCUAAACGUUUAACUGCUGUGCGGGAAGAAAGCUCAAGCUCAACACAACAGGCUUCGGCAAAUUGGAAUCAACCUUUAUAUGCCAAUGAAAGGAAAUGUCGUUCAAAAACCAUAACCGAAAGAAGUGCCAACUCGAAUUUAUGUGCCGCCACAAAUCUACCAAUACGACAAACUUCCUGUGCAAUCACCACACCAUGCCCUCCUACAAUACAGGCAAACGUUAAAAAGGAAAUUAAUAAAACCAUUAUUAAAUUAUCAGAAAAUGGUGCUACUUCCAUUAACAAUACAUUUGUGGACAAUAACACACCACUUUCCUCUAGCACUGGCACUAUUCGAAAAACCUUGACCACAACACACAAAGAAAACAGAGAAGAAACCGCAGCCAUGGAAGGAACUCUAACGAAAUUUAAUCAAACACCCAAAACACCAAAUGUUUUGCCACCACCACCACCCAUGAACAUGUUAAAUCAUGCACAACACUCACAUCAUCAAUUCAAUUUUCCAAGUGAUGCCUUAAUGACCUCAACUUCAACGUCUGUUCCAGCGGCCACAGCAGCUUCAUCAUCCAACACCUAUACCAAGUGUUUGGGUCAUGAUGAUGGCGAUAUAAAAAUUGGUGGUGUGGCUGCCACCAUGCAACGUUAUCAAUAUGCCAACCUUCAAUUGGCCAAAUUGAAUAAAGCGGGCUCAGCGGCAGUCGAUAGCUCAACAUACUCAAAUGUUAAUUUGAAUAUGGAAAGUGAGAAAUCGAUUAGCAGUAGUUAUAACGAUGGAUGUAGUCUGUCUAGUGCCAUUACGGAGGAACUUAAGAAGAGAAAAGCGAGACGUCAACCUCCCGACUUUAAAGAACAUGCUCCACAUAAUGAAAUGAAACCACUACAAUACGAAGCGAAACGUGAGAAUAAUAACAAUCAUCAUCACAAUCAUCACUCUUUAACAAAUACAAGCCAAACAAUAACAACUACAAAUACAUUGAAUGGCAAUGAUCAUCAUAAAAAUGCAGCAACAAAUAACAACAACAUUUGUAAUAAUAAUAACAACAACAGCAAUAACACUCUCAAUGUCGUGGGUGAUCAACACAGCGCUUUAAUGAAUGAAUUCAAACAGGCCCAUAAACGCAUGUUCAAAAAUGGUUUCAAAGAAUGCGGCGGUGCUGGCGGCGGUGAAUCUAUGGAAAUUAGGAAAAAAAACGCAAACAAUUUACAAUUACAAGAAGUUAAAGAAACAAAAAAAAAAAUAAUGCAAAACUAUUUUGACAAUGAAGCAACAUCAUCAGCGUUACACGCAACAAUGAAACCGGCUCGUGGUGAAAAGUGUUUGGUAACUUUGAGUACUUAUGAGGAUCGAAAGGAGGCUCUUUUAAACACCACAAUAUUGGAUGAUGCCGGCACCUGUCGAUCCAAAGGUCCCAAAAUAAACUCUAUACCACAAGCCAGACAACAACAACAAAACGAUACAUUGGACAAUAGAGAGCCGAAACCGGAUACAUAUAGUAAUAUACCAAAACCACCGCCACUACAAAUGACCAACAAUAGCAACAACAACAACACCUACAAAGCCAACAAUACACAAACAACAGCAGCCGGCAAUAACACCAAGACGUUUGCUAUAAAUGAACAAAUAUCUGGGCAUCGUUUAUCGAAUAGUUCUCAAAACCAUAACAAUGGAAAUAUUUACAAUGGCAAUGAAACUUACAGUAGACCAAAUAAAACUCCAGCUCCCGCUAACGGCAACAAUCAAGCUAACCGGCAAACUUUGCGCUUGGGCACCGUUACCAUAGGAGAAUAUCGCCAACAGACAACACAGAGAAGGGAACCAGAAAAAUUCGAUUUUAUUUCGGCCCAAAAGAAGGGUAGAGAUUCCGGUGAUACCACACCCACAAAUGAGGCGUUACAAAGUGAAUUACAAAGCACACUUUCCAGGGCAAAUCUAAGGAAAUCCAAUGGCAGUUCUUAUACCGAACAUCAGCGUAAUUGUCCUUUGCACCAGCAACAGCAGCAAUUCCAGCAACGCCAAAGUGUGGAUUAUGGCAAUAAUGGUUAUACGGUGGACGAAAUGUCUAAGAAAUUACAAAACUGUUCGGUGAAUGACAAUAGCUCAGGGGAGUUACUGGCGAAAACAAAUAAUCGCUCGGCGAAUAGUGGAUCUGGUACGACGGGAGUGGGCAUACUGAAGAAUGGCAAUCGCAAUGGCACCAGCAGCAGUAGUAGUAAAUCUACAGAGAAGUCGAUAAAGUUUGGUUAAUAAGUGGAUAUUUUAAAUUCUAAAUAGAGUUAUACAAAGGGAUUUUAAAAAUAAGACAGUUUUUGAGAAUGAUUUUAAUAUUUUCUAAUAACUUUUUUCAAGAUUUUUACAUUUUGCCAGAAUUGUUUUAAAAUUUUAUAAAAUUAUUUUCAAUUUAAGA